UAUUAAAGAGAUAGGACAGGUACUACGGAUCAUUAUACGUUUGUGGGAAACUGCCCACUUACCCCUCCCCUAAGCCAACAUUAACACUUAAUUCUCACUAAGGGCAAAAUGUUGGCUUAGGGAUGGGGUAGGUGGGCAGUUUCCCAGAAACGUAUAAUGCAGUACUGCUUACCCCUUUUAUAAUAAUUUACAGUGCGACUACGUACUCGAGUCCUUGUCUCCGAAAGCUAGGAGACAAAGGAAAUUGAGAAUAGUCUUACUUCAAAUCUAAAUUAACCUCAAAUUAAUUUACAGUCAAACCAGGUGAAGCUUUCCCGUCGCUAACGAUCUGAUAAAUUCAUUAAUGGAAAAAUGAUUUCGUUUGUUGAUUCAAUAAUCCAUUCAUAAAAUGAACAAUCCAAUAUUCAUAUUUAGCCUCGAUUCCAUAAUCCAAUGUUGAUUCGAUUACUGUUUUUUGAAAAACUACACUUUUUUCUUCUUCUUCUUUUCCUAAGAGUCGAGUGCGGGCGAGUUCUGAAGUUCAUACCCAAACAAACUGUUACGUGUACGCCAUUUAGCUUCCAGUAAUCAAUGCAACGGACCUGACCUCUUAGAAAACACGAUAGUCAAACUGAGGUCAGUGUACGUGCAGUGAUUGGUGGAUUUCGAUCCCCGGCCUUUGUCAGUUUCUUUGCGUUUGCAGACUGUCUCUUCUAGCUGUUUUGAUUAAAGGCAAUUAAAUACGCAAUCGCAAACGGAAGGAAAAAGGAAGCAAAUACGAUUGAACUCAACAGACAAGAAUAAAGAACAGGUAGAUUUUGUUCAUAAACCAAAUCAACAUUCAAUUAUUGAAUCGAGGUCCAAUUUGACUGUUGGGUUAUUCAUUUUAUGAAUGGAUUAUUGAAUCAACAAACGAAAUCAUUUUUCCACUAAUGAAUUCAUUAGUUUGCUAGUGACGGGAACGCUUGACCCGGUUUGACUGUAAAUUGUUACAUUUAUAUGUUUCUUUUUUCAAUGAAGGAAUUAUAUCAAACAAGAGACCACAAGGAUGAACUGACGGGUGUAGCAAUGUCUCUGGAGCUAAAUAAGGCUGCGUCCUGCGGUGACAAUUGGUAAGGAUGUGAAAUGUGUACGAGGCAUACAAAUUUGAGGUGUUCAUUGUACGAUAUCCGAUGAAAGAGCAAGGAGUAAAUCGGUCAGUGCGCGGCCUUAUAAUCCCUGUUUCGACUUCGAUUCUUUUCCGUGUUAGCUUCAAGUAACUUUAAAUACUGAUGGAGAGGGGAGGGGUGGGGCUCAAUGGUGAAUUAGCCGGAAAAGUGUCCUUUCAAGAAAGAAAUUUUUCAGCUGUGCAUGCCCGACAAAAUCCUAUCUGUCGUCGGACGUCAUAACCAGGCGGCAGAUCAAUUAGACUGGUAGUUACCAGGAAUUGAGAGUACCUUUGUAUUACAUCUUACCUACUGUUAUCAGUUAACGUAUGAAUGUAUGAUUCAUUUAUGGCCUCUGUGCAAGUUAAGAGAGUUGAACUUGUGUUUUGUUUCAGUGUGAAGAUUCAUGACUUAGUCGAGAUGAAGGAGAUUUAUGCUAUUAUCACUCUAGAGGAUGCAGGAGGUAACUUAGUGUAGAAUGCGUAGUCAAGGUUAAUGAAUGCAAUGCAAUCACAAGCCUUCAAACAUGCAAACUGGUGAAGCUAACGUAUUGGUUUUGCUUUUGCUCGUACUGAGCAAGAAAAAAAAGAACGUUUUUCUUCAGCAAUGCUGUGUUGCAAGUUAAGAUUGUUUGCAGCAUGUAUUGUAACAUUCUCUAGCAGCCUGAGAAAACAGUCGACAUUUCGCGACGCCACCACUGGUUUGCCCGCAAACCGAAGUCUCAGAAACGAGCGCAGAAAUUCUUGGGUUGUGUCUUCUGAUUGGCUAAAGCAAAUUUUCUACGUUGCAUGACCAGUCAGAAGCACUACCCAAAUCUAGGUAGAGACGCGUCAUUAGUAUGGAAUUUCUGCGCUCGUUUCUCACGUCAUUUCGCGAGAAAACCUGUGAUGGCGUCGCCAAAUGUCGGUUGUUUUCUCAGGGUAAACGUUCUCAUGUGACAGGAUCUUGAUAAUUUCUCUUGCUUGUAGUUUAUAAUAAUGCAACAGGUAAACUUACAUCUCACAGUUCAAUGCAACACCAUUGCACAACAAGUUAAGAAUAGCAGUUUAAUUAUUUGCAAGAAUACAAGUGAUCAUCUCUUCGCUGUGUUCUAUGCGUCUCUCUUCAUCAUUAACGCAGGAGCAGACCAUAAAAACGGAAAUGUAGUCAUCUUUCCUCUUGUCAUCUGUCAUGUUAGACUCAAAUUCAUAUUUCAUCUUCCGUUGUUUCAGCCGGAGUCCACUAUUUCAUGCCACUGUUGUCGCUCGUGUCUUUUCAUGAUUGUUUCAUUUUAUGUAUUAUUUUUUCUAAAGGGCGUCUUGACAAGAUUUCAUGGACAGACGAUGGCCAACUUCUUGCUGUUAGCACUCAACUAGGUAAAUAAUUAUGAAAGGUGAAUGAAAAGAACAUCGAUGUAAGUAGUAUCGCCGAAAUGUUUCAAGGAAAUAUUUACAAGAAAACGUUAUCACAAUGCAAGAAAGCUAGAGGUCAUGUCUUAAGAACUAAUAAAUGAGGCGAGUGGUUUGGAAAAAAUGCACUUCUCACUUAUUGGAUUUCGGUUGAAAAUGGACGUGCAAAGCAAGGAGUAAAAUAUAUGCGCAUAUUAUCUACUCUAAAGCACCAAAAAGUGGUCGAAAGUCCCUUUUUGAAGAUUUAAACCGAUAUGAUAACGAGUAAAACGAUAAUGUAAUGUGCAAUACUUUACUUUCAUUUUAUGCGUGCAGGUAACUUGUCGUCACAGGAGAAUAAUAUUCAGCGUUCUGUAAAUUCCUUGUUUAAAGUUUUAUGGCAAUGUUUUGCAGAAAAGUAAAUAGUUAUAUGCAUUUUCCUUAACUUAUAGUUAUCUAAAAAGGCAUGACAUUAAAGUAGUUCUGCCAUGAAUUGAGUGAAUUGCACCAAAAAAAUAACCCCUCAAAGCAUUAAAAAAAGUAUGAAUAACUUAGCAAAUACAAAAGAGGACGUAGAUAGACAAUCUGGAAGAAGAUUAAUUGGAAUUGCGGUUUUUCAAAGUUCAUUUUUGUUGUUUGUAUCGUUUGAUGUAGUGUUUUGAGAGAUAAAUCACUGUGAUACUAAACUGUGAACUUGUCAUUUACAAGUAAAUUCCUUCCUAACGUUAAGUUUCUUAGCAAAUUAAGACGCGUUAUUUGCAGUGGUGAUUAACCCCUUUAAUAGUGCUAUGGAUGGAAAACAUUACGGUCCUGCGUGCGGGCGAGGUUCGGACUUACAACAUUGCAAAGUAUUGUAUGCAACAAGGAUUUUAGGUUGAAACAGUGGAAAAUGAUCCUUUCGCCUUAGUUAUUUCUUCGUCAAAAACGGCCGAUAAAAGUACCAGUUACUCUGCUACUUGCAGGUGACUUAUGUAUGGAUCACCACUGCUAAACAACGGUUUCUUGUAACAGUGUUUUUUGCCACAGUAUUAUCUUUGGAGCUGUUCAUGUUAAAAUUUGCUGUUUUCCCUUUAAAGGUGCCAUUCAUAUCUACCUUACAAAGCUGCCCGUUCUUGGAAGUGCUAACGGCACAAGGAUAUCCUAUCUCACUUCUCUUAGAGAGGUAAUUCUGUGAAAGAAAGAGAAGAAUAGGCCAUUUGAGUGCUCAGUGCCUUUGCCUUUGAGUAGUAAUUUAAAAAAACACCCCUCUUUUCAUGUGCAAAUUAACUUUGAUAUUCCCAUGCUAACAAGCCGGUGAACAUUAUCAUUUGCAGGUGAAAAACAGGACGUUUGUAACAAAACAACGUCACCUCCACCCUCAACUCUAUUCAAGUGCUUGGGCUCCUCUGAACACACAACAGUGAAAAUGCCUAUUGUAAAAUGCAAGUGCUAAAUCAGAAAAGUAAUUUAAUAAAUCAAGGAAGACCACGAAUUUUCUUUUUUUUAUGCAGCCUCUGUUUUUGUAUUGAAAAGGGUGUGGUAGUGAGGUAACUAAACUGUAAUGUGAGUGCGAACCAGUGCAAGUAAAGAGAGGUGCAUGUAGAGGAACAAUUUUCAACUUAGGUCAUUUUUUGAGCUUUGGCAUCCAAGACCAACAAUGCACUUGUCCCUCAAAGAAAUUACCAACUAAAGAUGUAAAAAUCAAGUGGCCUUGGAUUCGUAAACGUUUUCACACGAGUGCGAUAUGAAUACCUUGGCGAGAGCCACGAUAAAAAUGCAGCCAGUGGUGUUAAGGCAUUGUAGUGACUUAGCAAGUAAACAAAGAUGUCAGUCACUGAAAAUCCUCAAAUUAACAUUUUUAUCAUUUUGUGGCGAAAAAUUUCUUAUGACCCUAUACAUGUUUGUAUUGUAAAGAAGCGUUAUUUGGCCAACCGUGUAGUCCUGAUGGCUUAUAGAGAUUACCCGAUUUUUGUUACCGUUGUCUCACGGUCGAGACAAAGGUGGGGUCCAUAAAGCAGGAGGCCAAUAUCCUGCCACAUUUAUCUUGACGGAACCGGCUAGGUCGUUAAAAAAUUUAUGAGAUGGCUUGAACGAAAUCAUCCCUUGCGGGACAAAGCGGGUAAGAUAGGUCCAUCUUGCUCGUUGGUGUAGUCAGCCUUAUUGUAAUUAUUAAUAAGCAAGUUAAUGUUUGUUGCUUUGGUUUAACUGUAGGUGACGAUUGUGGACAACGUGAUGCAGGUCAGAUAAUAUUUCGUCUUUUUCGUUAGUCCUGUGAAAUUGAAAUGACACAUGUCUCGGUGCGUCAACAUGUAGUGAAUAUGUUUGCCAGAAUUUGAAAAGUGCUUGUAUUGGUAUUGAUUAUGUGAUGUUUGGGCAAGAUUGAUCUACCUCAGUGUUGUUAUUGUGUUUCAAAACUGCAAAGUUGUCGUUACAAUGUCUGUAUCACUUUGCCUUAAAAUAUUCCGUUUUCUAAAGGAGAGACCCAUAAGUGUUGAUAUCAUUGUGGAGCCAAGCUUUGUAGCUCUUGGGCCCUACCAUCUGGCUGCUGGUAUGAACAACCGCGCAUGGUUUUAUUCAUUAGCUGACAAAGGUGAGUGUGGUUAGAUAUUUCUAUUUUGUGUCAAUUUUUGUUCAAAAGGAAUUUUUACUUUCUCUUUAAAAUGGGUCCUGGAAACUCUCCCGGAUAUAAGUACCUCCCUCUUGUCCUCCAGUGAAUAAUUGUGUCGGACCGUGAGGGCAGAGUCGCUUACAAUCUACAGCCUUGAUCUUUAUGACAGUUUCAAAAGUAAUAGUAAGACUCAAACAGCAAUGCACGUGUAGUAAGACUGUUGACUUCUGCUAACCUUUUUCGACGUCUUCAAUUGCUAAGCCAGAAUAAUCUGGUAGUAUUUUCAAAACUGCGCGCCAUGUUGGACAAUGUUGUGUUGUCAACAGUGUUUCUGUGACGUCAGCCGCGUGUCUAUACUCUGACAGGUCAAUGGUAACGACCAAUCACAGCGUUUGUAAUAUUCAUACAAGAACUGUUCUUUUGUAUUUCACUUACGUCAGGUCCCGAGAAGGUGAAAGACAGAGAAUACCUGGGCACUGUGAACGCAAUUUAUCUCAACGCUGAUUACGCAGCUGUCUUGUUUGAGGGAAAAGUUCAACUUCAUUUGGCAAGUACAGGUCACAUUGAUUCAUCACAGAACCGCUGAGAUUUGAGAACCCAUUCCUAUUAAGCAAGGCUUUCUUAUAUGGAGUAUGUGGGAGUGAUCCAUAAAACAGGUCAGGGAGCAAAAGCAUUUCAGGUUGAUCUUCAGCAAAGGUGAAAAUAAUCGGGGAACAAAGUGAGUGCACCGUCUAUGGUGUUCAAUGGAAAUGUCUUGGUGGACAGAGGCAGCGUGGCCGAGCGGUUAGAGCGCUGGACUUGCAAUUCGGUGGCCCCGAAUUUAAGUCCCGCCCUUACCGCUAGGUUGGAUUCAUUCCGUUAGUCCCGAGUUGUAAAUAUCCAACUUGUCUGUCUCUGGCCUGGCAUUCUUAACUCCAUUAUGUUUGAUUUAAAUUAUUUGCCUCAGGCAUUCUCUAAGCCCCACUAACAUUAGUGCUAUUAAUACUACCUACAUGUAGCCGUAGGGUAAGUAAAGGAAAUUUAUUAAUUUUUUUUUUCAUUACUGACAAGAAUAGGUGUGGCAGAAAAUUACUGCAACCGCUGGCAAAACAUUUACCCUCUCAUGCCAGAGGAGGAUGGCUGAGUCAUAUUUUUCAUUUCCCAUGCACAGGUUGAAGGAGAGGUUAUGGAUGCAUCUGAUGAAAGAGAGACAAGGCUUUUCCCAGAUAAAAGCAACCAAGGAAGAGUUACUUGCUGUGCACUGACGUCCGAUUUUCUGAUAUAUGGCACGGAUGUAAGUGACAAUAAGCCUUUUUUUCGUUAAUUUAUGGUCCUGGAUCACUGCUAUCAGAAUUUGGUGUUAAGGAAGUCAAAUACUAAUUUCAUAUGUAGAAGGGUUGUUUUCUAAAAUAUUGCUUUGCGGACAAAAGACGUUUUGAGUGAAUCUUACGGCCACAAUUUUCAUGCAAUCUUGACUGACGCCUAGUUUUAAACCUCCCUUAAACACCUCCCUUAACCAUGAUAUUGCGUCUCUCUCAUUUUUCACAUUUAUUCCGUGAUUUUAAAGUCAAGUUGUAUCCCUUGUUCCCAUAGAAUGGAAGCCUGUUUUAUUUCUUUAUUGAGGACUGGCAGUUUGUGAAUGAAUUCAGACAUGUAGUUGGUAAGAAGAUGCCUAUUUUUAUGUUGAGAUUAGAAUAACUGUACUUUGAAAGAGUUUGGAAAAAGUUUAUAUCUCUGCUCGAGAUAAGUUGGAGGGGCUGAAAGUAAACAAAGAUAGUUUAGUUUGAAACAGACCAGGAUGGAAAUUGUUUGUUCACUCAUUAUGCAGCACCUCAACACGAUUAAGAUUCAUGAUAGCGGCGACGAUAGUGUCGAUGACGAUGCUAUAACAAUGGUGAUGACGAUGGUUGGGAUAAUGUUAAUGACGAUGGUGAUAGCGGAUAGGAUGGUGGUGACGAUGACUAUGCUGUGACGAUAGAAGCCAACGAUGGGGGUGAUGAUGCUAUGAGGAUGACAUUAUUGGUGACGUUGACAGUGGCGGUAUUGAUCGCGAUGUUGUGACAAUGAAGAUCGUGAUACUGGUGUUAACGAUGUUGAUUAAAAUGCUAUGACGAUAGGUAAGACAACUGGAUGAUGAUGGCGUUGACGAUGAGGUUGUUUGUAAUGAUGUAAUGUUGAUGAGUGAGAUGAUGAUUGUGAUGCAUAAUUUUACUGUGGUAGUUGAAACUAAAACAGGUAUACUUAUACGCUUCUACAGGUAUAAAAAAGAUUUUCCCAGAUUUUAGUGGGACCUACCUCGUUUUUAUCGAUGAAAAGACGGAUGGCUUCGUGUACAAUCCUGUAAGUAUUCAUUUGUUGAGCCAUCAGUCAUAUUUUGUAUAGUAAGAGCCAAAACGUUUGAGAUUUGUGAUGUCGAAAAAUUAUAUUGAGAUAAAAACAUUUUCUUUUCGAGGUUUGGCCUCUGUUUCAGUCUGAUCCAGACUUUUACGUAAUUCUUCUUUUUUUAGGUCAAUGAUGCGACGUUCGAAAUUCCAAAUUUUUCUCCUAGUAUCAAAGGGAUUGUCUGGGAAACCUGGCCCUUGGAUAAGGUACGUUUUUGCCUUUUGUGUUACCCUGCAGCUCUUGCGACCAGACAGCAAUAGGCCAUUUGCAUGAUGGCGUCAUUUUACUAUUCAUAACACUCGUAAUGAUAGGCGAUAGUAAAGCGUGUGAUAAUAAUAUAAUUCCUGGAGACUCGAUGUCUUAACGAACGUGGGUCUGCAACCCUAAGCCAAGCUGUUCCAGCAUGUCUUAGACCGCUGAGCAAUGUUAUUCCCAUAUCUUAUUUAAAGUGAGCACGAAUGAGAGUGUUGUGGAAUAGAUUACUACUACUACCACUACUACUACUACUACUACCGCUACCACUACCACUACAAUUGUCACUACCACUACCACUUCCACUUCCACUUCCACUACCACUGCCACUACCACUACCACUACCACCGCCACCACCACUACUACCAUUACUAAUCAGAAUCGAUGUCGUUCUUCCUUUCAUAUUUAAAUUUGGCAAUCCUAGUGAGGUUUACCACAAUAAAAGCCCUAAUUUGCACAAGAAAGCAAAACACUGAAGCCUUCUGGUACUACAAGUAAAAUGACGCCAUCGUGCAAAUGGCUUAUUCUCACCAACUCAUGGCGAUUUUGUUAAAUCAGUCAAAUCUAUUUCUCUUGUAGGAGAUUUUCUGUGCAUAUGACGAAGACAAGGUGUACACGUACAUAUUUUACAGGGACACAGUUAUCGGUAAAAUUUGGAUCAAUUUAGGAUUAUGGGAAACUGGCCACCUACUUAUCCGCUUACCCCUCCCUUUAAUCAACAUAAACACUUACUUGUCACUUUGGGCAAAAUGGCAGCUUAGGGGAGGGGUGGGUGGUUAGUUUCCCUGAAACCUAAAUGAUCAAAAUUGUCUAAGAUCGGUCAUUUUAAGAGUGUCUUAUUAGGACGUUUUUGCAACCCGCGGCAACUGCACGCACUGAGGGAAAGCUGACUUUGGGAAAAUUGUUAUUUGUGUGUGAAUUAUCCGCUAGCAGUAUGUAGAUUAUUUGUCAGAUAAAACUAAUUUAAUGGUUCUAGCUUCCACGAGUCUCUUGUAGCUCUGUGGUAGAGCAUUUCGACAAAUGACCAAAAGGUUGUAGAUUCGGCUGCUGUUGCAAGAACUCGCAUAUUUUUCUGUACUUCCCUGUAUCAAUACCUGAAGUAUCGUCCUUUUUGACGUGUUAUCUUGUUAUUUUCUAUGUAAGGACCAAAGUGCAUAUUAGCUGGAUCUACCAAGCUUCCCUAUGCUCAAAAGCCUUUGAUGCUCUACGGUGGUGAAAUUACAUGUCAAACGCAGAGCGGAAAGGUAAGACCAGUUCGUCACGUUUUGCGGACCGCAAUAAUAGAAUAGCACCACGUCUCCCAGCAUGACUUUCGAAUGCCCAUCCGCGUCGCCUUUUAAGUAAAUUUCAAUAAUGAUUUUGCGGACAUUAGCGGUGAAUAACCUAUCACAAUUUCUUGCACCAUUUCAAAUUAUAUUUUCAAAAAAGUUUACCAGGGUCAAUUAUGACUUGACCGACGGCCGCGUUGAACUGAAUUGCAUUGGGCAACAACAUUGCUUUUUAAGUCGGCUCUUCGUUUAUUACAAUUGAUCAGUUCUGUGUUUAAUGUCUUUUGUUUGCAGACAUCCAAACUGAACCUUACCACUCACUAUUUUCACGAGAAACCUCAAGACCUUCCUCGGGCUGAAGUAAGUUAACCAUGAUGCCAAAAUUAAAAUUCUUAUGUUUUGAUAUCAAGACUUCGAGAAGGUUUAGUCAGAAUGACACGCAGUCAAGAAACGACUAUGAGGUGAUGGGUUUCGAGUGAAACACUCGGUCUGGAAAAGAAAACUUAAGAGCAAGAUUGCGCAAAAUAUUAUGGUAGUUGCGUUCGCAUUUCCAAGUGCUUCACAGCAGUGAUUUUCUUUGUCUUCGUUCCAGGAGUAUGCAAAUAUAACUAUUGCAGUAAAAAAUGUGAGCUAGGUUAAAAAUGUACUUCUGAGACUUCCAGCCGUUAGUUAUAGCGUUUGUGGACUCGGUCCCUCUGUCGCCCGCACUGCUAGUCUCAAGGUUGCUAUUACGCAUGCGUGGCGCGUAUGUAGCCAGCAUUCGUUUGUCUACCACUAAGAAUGAAUGGAAUGCAUGGGUCAUAAUCGGAUAGCACACAUUUGGUUCUUUCAUGUUUCGUGAUCCGAUCCGCUCGUUUGGACCUUCCAUCAAGUGCAACUUGCGCGAAAUACAGCGUUAGAGCGAGGUCCUUUUGACUUUCCAUCGAUCUUACAGUUUUAACUUAUUACUUUCAUUUUUUCCUCUAUUUCCAAAGCUUCAGACUUGUUUUGACCACUGCUUGACAUUAAAAAGGUAACCUUUAGUUCGUCAUUUUUCGUUUUGAAUUGAUAUACUCAUUUACACACUAAUUCCAGGCCCUCGUGAUCUACACAAAACGUGUAUAUAGCUAAGUGGACUUCCUGAUAAAAUCAAAGCCCGCUGAAGCUAUUGUAACCCUUGGUUGACUGUUUUUGAAAGUGUAAGUGGUAUUCAGAUUGGUUUUAAUCGGCUUCAUCUUCGGCCUUCAGUCUACAUAGGGAGGAAGGAUCUCAUACCUUCCACAUGCUGAACAAACACGUUUGAUCCGUUUUAUAGGGGCCUAAUCUACAUAUGCCAAAUGAAUUAGUAGUUCAGUAUCGAUAUGCCUGCCACAUCAUGUAUGAUCUAGUGAUGCUUUUCCAGGCACCUUUUUCUAAAGCCCCCUCUCGGCGAUCUAGUCUAUUACGUGUAUUCCAUUGCCCUCAAUUUAACGUAUUUAUAACUGGUAUUUUGCAACGUGUGUAAUUUUAAGAAUUCGUUCACGUUUUGUUUUGAUUCAGAUUUAAGGAGGCGUGGGCUUUAGCUCGAAUUCUUGACUCAAAGGAAGCAUGGAGCAAGCUCGGUCAUGAGGCAGUCUAUCACUUAGACAUUGAACUGGGUGAGUAACUAUGGUAAAAACCCAUGUGUGGUUAAUGAAACAGAGUUAGCCUGCGUUGAACAAAACUGGGUUACAAGCACUGUCGUUAAUUCAGAAUCUAAAGUUGCUUACAGUUGGUCUUGCACAGAUGGCGAUUGCGCAUAGGGCAGCCUAAAAAUUAGUUUAUUAAGGAAUCGGAUCUUAAGCUCUACUUAUUGUGCUUCAAUAAAAUUUCAGCCCCAUAAACCGGAAAGUGUUGUGCUUGUGUACAGGAAUAGUUCAUAUUUCAUAUUCUGUGUUUUGUUUUUGUUCUUUGGCAUUUCUUGGCAUUUUGCAACUCCAGGGCCUAAUCACUAAAGUAAAGGUAAUUUAGGAGCAAGCAUGGACAAAACCGAAGAGCGUUAACACGAUUUAAUUACCGUUUUAUUGCCGGUCUUAUACUUACAGCAUAUAGCCCUCUUUUACGUGGUAUAUUCGUGUACGUUUUACUCAUAUGAGUUUGUUUCACGUUAACCUCGUCAGUCAUUUACUUGAUAAACUGCUUGUGCUCGGCCUUCGCAUUUUUCAAAAUCCGCAUCUAGGUGUCUGUUUUCGGGUGGUAUCCGUUGACUGUAAAAUUAACAAGUUGUUAGUCGUCAUUUAUAGGCUACAGGCUGCUCUUUCUGCGACAGACAGCCAUUGGGAACAAAGCUAAGUUAUAAAUUAAUAUUAGACGAACCUUCUUGGCAAAGUGAUGCAGCAUUCGUAAUUUCCUGUAAUUCGUAGUUGCCCCCAUAAAACAGUGCAACCCUUUCAAGACUACCUUGCUGGUUCUCCUCCACCACCCUAUACAAUGUUGAAACUCGGAAAACACUGUCGAUACACACGUGUUUUUCGGGAUGGGAGGAGGGCUGGGCAUGUGUAAUUUAGAGAAAACCUAUUUAAAUUUAUCUUAAGACUUUUGUUCAUGAUUAUUAAUAUCAGCCUCUCCUUUUUUUUUGUUCCUUCAGCAAUCAGAGUUUUUCGUAAGAUGGGAGAUGUGGCAAUGGUACAGUCCUUGGAAGGAAUUCAGGUAUCAAAUACAGCAAAAGCCACCAAGUCUUCCCAACCCUUAACCUCCUCCAAUCAAGAUAACAUUGCUAACUUUUCUGGUGAAUCAAAAGUACAAUGAAGCUUUCCGGGGUGUCUAUUUUUUGAGAAUACGCGAAAACACUUUAAGUCAAAUCUCACACUCUUGGUCGUUCUCAUUCUCAUAUCUAACGCUCUCUAACAUAAACUCGCACGCAAGCAAGUGUUCUUGAAAUGAAUGUUACCCAGUUUCGGUACGAAGUAAUUGACAACUUGCCUGAUUUAUAAUUACGGUAAUAAAGGGACAAACCAUAGUCAGUAGAGGAGACUGGUUAUGAAAGUCGGCAGAAAAUCAAGGAUAAAAAAAAAACGGUGCUGCUGUUUCUGUUGGAAGCUCCUCAACCGUGCAUAAUCCUUUGUCUGUUUGUCUUUUUUGUUCACACAUAUGUGAAUAAAUUUAUGAAACGUUUCUAUUGUUCCAAGUCCAACAAAGAUUACAAAAACAUAUAACAAAGGCAUUGUUAGGUGUUGCGUCUGAUUGGUCGCUCCGCGUGGGAAAUUUGCUUCAGCCUAUCGGAAGCACUACUCAAAUCUGGGUAGUGACGCGUCAUCAGUAUGGAAUUUCUGCGGUCGUUUCUAAGACGUCAUUUCGCGAGGAUUGGGAAGCCAGUGGUGGCGUCGCGAAAUAUCGGCUAUUUUUUCAGGCAAACACCAACAACUGUUACAAUCCCCUUUUAAUUCAUGUUGUUCUUUCCUCAGGGUACAGAAGAUAAAAGUCUUCUAGCUGGAUACGUCGCCAUGUUUCUUGAAAAAUACAAUACCGCCCAGGUAUGUGGUCUAGAUACUCCACGUCUUCGGUCGUACAUACUUGUCGUUUGUGGGUGAGACAUGCUUUGCCGGCGCAGUUUCGGUAAAUUUAGUGCCACCAGAUUCGAACUUCAUAUAUGGCGUUACUAAAGAGAUGGAGUCAAGUGUCUUUUGUGGAGGUACCUUUAUCAAACCGAGGUGCGCAUUGUACAAGAGCACGUGUUGCUCAUUUACAUCACGUCAAAUGACAAAAAAUAAUAAUAAUAGCAAAACAUAUGCCGUAUGCCUCGUACGUACGUUUAACCACUGAAUAAGACAGUUGAGCACGAUAACACCAUUUUCUCUCUACUACCAGAAUUUUUCAGUUUGUAUUGUUCUUGUGCAAAUUAAGGCUUUUUAUUUUUAUUCUUACCCUUAUAAGGGGGAUUGACAAAUUUAAAUAAGAAGGCAAGAACGGAUUGAAUUCUGGUAGUUUUUCUUUAGUUUGAAAAUGGGAUGUUCGUGAAUGGUCAAAACAAGGUACCUGAAAAAUCGGUAACAUGUUCUGUUUUAGUUUUUGGGGUUUCCUGGAAAGUCUUUGUUUCUCUAGUAGAUUAGGAGUUGUUUUUAGGAUUCAAAUUUUUAACCUUGUCUUUUUUCAAUUUUUGAUCCUGUAGGAUUUGUUUCUUGGGUCGACGUAUCCCUUAGCCGCCCUCGAGGUAAACAAAACUAUAUUUGUUUUGAUUCUUAGUUUUAUGAAUUUACAUUUGUAACUAUUUUUAGUCAGCAAAUGUUGUUUUAGCUGGUCGGUUUGUUUUAACAGCGAGCUUAAGAAAAGACGUUUUUGAGCGACGUACGUCGACCGGAAGUAGACCAUUUGCAUUUUUGGGCCGUGGUUUUGCCCAAAAUUUCGGCAAAUCGUUGCUAUGCGUGAAAACACCUUUAGCAUUUCAAACUUGGUAGCGCUAAAGCAUUUUAAAGAGAAAACAUCUCACUUCCGGUUGACGUGCGGCGCUUAAGAGCGCCUUUGCUUAAGCUCCCUAAAUAGAUGCCUGUCACUUACGCGGUUCUACUGUGGUCCAAUUCUUAGUCGCGUUUACCUUUAUAAUUCUAUUUUUGUUUAUUUUAUUUUUAUUUCAUUUAUUCAUUUUUUAUUUUUUGUUCAUUUUAGAUGAGGCGCGAUCUCCUUCAUUGGGACCAAGCCCUUGAACUUGCAAAGAGUUUGGCUCCUGAACAGAUUCCUUACAUUUCAAGAGAGUACGCCCAGCAAUUAGAGUUUACGUAAGACCAAUGCACGAUUAAUUCUAAUCACGGUCGAACCUUGUUGUGCAAUCACCUCUUGUCAUCCCCUCAUAUAAUUGGCGCCCACCCACCCAAUCCAGUUUUCGAAUUUACUCGAGUAAACUCCGUUCUCGAUCAAACGCAAGAAAAAAAUAACAAGCACACAAGAAACACGUUUCUGUUUUAUUUCACUGCGAGGUUUAAUCGAGUUGAUAUGGUAUAGGUUCUCGAAGAGAUCGCCGCCUCCUCUAACUUCAAGUGACCGCUUGACAAUGGUCAAACCUCGUAACGGAUCGUAUUUGUGGCACGAGGCUCCCACAAUGAGUUUUGUUGUUUCAUUAUCUUCGCCUUAUGAAUACAUGACACUGUCGUAUUGGGUUCCUUGUUUCCCCUGGAGACCCUCCGUGGUCCGUCUCUUGCAAACAUAUUAGGUAGACAGUUUGAUUUCUCCUCUGACAAAAACAGUCUUUUGAAGCCACAUUUAGCCUAACCCGCAAUAGGCCACUUUUGAUAUAUUAAAAUUCAGCAUGAUAGCGAGUCUAGAGGACACAAACAAAGAAAAUGAAUAAACAUGAUUGUUUAUUCUUUGUUUAUUCAUUUUCUCUGUGUCCUCUUCGACUAGACUCACUAUCAUGCUGAAUUUUAAUAAAUCGAAAGUGGCCUAUUAUUUCUUUCCGUCAAACUUGCCCUUUUAUGCUUUGUUUCUGAUUUCCUUUUCAGGGGAGAUUAUAGCAAUGCACUUCUUCAUUACGAAAAAGGAGUGACCAAGCUACCUGAGGUAUUUAUUCAAUGGGCUUUUAAUCCCAAGUUUGUCUUGCUAGAAAACUAGUCGCCGGCAUGUCCGUGUUCGAGAGAACUUUACUCGUGGUUUUAUUACUAGUAAAAGUUACAAGCAUUUUUUUGGUGGCUCUGUAUUUCAUCUCCAGUCUCGAGCUUUACGUAAGUAAUUUCAUUGAAAAUUAACAUACGCGUGAUUAGGCAAUAGGCUGCCAGAAUUUCUAAUAGCCAGCGAAGUACACGUAUUUUGAAUUCGUUGUAUUUAUUUUUCUUCAAAACAGACUAGUAUUUUUGUUAGUUUUCUAUCAGUGUCCAUCGUUUGCUAAAUGUAAUCAAUUUUUUUAAUUUUGAUUUUCCCUAGUAAUAGUUGAAUACUUGUGUUUUUGGUUUAUUCCGUUUUUAAAAGAACGAUAUUUAAGAGCUGUUAUUUUCUGUAGAAACGUGAGCAUGAUGAGCUGUGCAUAGGCGGAAUGGCAAGAAUGGCGAUCAGGGUUGGAGAUAUAAGGAGGUUUGUACGUAGUGCUGAAAAAGGAGCAUUUCAAAACUGUGCAGCGUAAAAAGAGUUCAGUGAAUUGCGAACAUCAUUUGAGGGAGAGGAGUCGACUCUCCUUUGCUCUUAAAUUUAGCAGAUCAGAGGCCAUCUUUGGUGUUUUGAGCCUGUAUUGUUUGAUCAAUUUGAAAAUUAAACAAUUUAACCUUUGCAAUAAAUCGGUAACCAUAGUUAAAUGAUGAAAUACCUGUCACUUUAUGGCAGCGUUAUUUUACUAGAUGUGGGUAGGGGAACCUUUUCAACACAGAAACUACAAUUCAAUACAUCGGUUAACAAUUUUCACAGUCUCCGCUUCUUGCCUUUAGGGGUGUUAACUAUGCUACAAAGAGUCCCAGCAGACUGCUAAAGAAGGAGUGUGCCACCAUUCUGGAGUCAAUGAAAGUAAGAAGCAUACUAGCGAGAAAUGUUUGCUUGCCACAAUGCCUUCACGUUCACCCUAUGUUGCCAUGUAUCUUUAAUAGUCCAGCCAUAUGGUGUAAAAAAACAACUGAAUUGUACACUUUGAGAUAAAAGCAUCAAAGUCGGCACAGUGAUAGUACUAGUUGCACUAAUUAUUUUUAGCUAUGGACCCCACUCAAAUAUGCACGGGGGGAGGCACAUUGUGCCCUUGGGGGGAGGGCCUUUUUGUUUUUGUCCGGAAAAGACUCAAAAACGGGAAGAAAGCGGCCUAAAAACUUUUGCAUUCCCAUUUUCUUCAAAGUAGUGCAAAGUAACCCUAUAAAAUACCUGUUACUUACCUUUCUGAGAGAUUUUCUAAAAUUAUUUUAAAAGAGUGUGUAAGUGAUUCUUGUCACAAGGGAAAGCCACGUAGAAGCAAGUUGAGUUCUGAAGCAUUACAAUAUUAUAGAUGCACCCCCUGACACAUCAAAACACUUCAUUAAUAUUUUUGAGACACCUCCUGAUGGAACAAACAAGACUGCACACGGAAGAAACAAAAGGUCAGGCUACUCAAAAAAAUUCUGCAUGGCGGACAGGAAUGGCUGGUCUUUUUGCUCUCUCGUUUGUGAGAAAAAGUAUGCCGUUUUUCACCCUUGGAAAGAUAAGAUGUUUCAUUUUUACACUUUGAUUCAAGUGAAUUGCACUUUUUGGGAAUUUAAUUGCUCAGCCAAACUACCGCAAAAAUAAGACAUGAGACACUUACAGAGACCUUCAACGACAUGCAACGGGGAGUUAUUAACCACUUUUAUUGCGGGCGACAAGAGUAGCCGGCAGUCUUCAUCUUCAGGUUAUUAUUAUGCAUGCAUCGCAGCUAUGUAGCCGGUAUUCGUUUGGACUUCCACUUAUAAGGAUGAAUAGAAUUCACAGAAACCAAUUUGAUCACUCGCAUCUGGAUCUUCUCUGGUCACUUAGAAUCUGAUCACGCGUGUUUGGAACAUCUAUCAAGUGAAACUUGUGCGAAGCACAGCGUUGGAGUAACAGCGUUUUCAUCUUCCAUCGUUGUCGCCCUCACUCCAUAACCUUUGGUUUUCUCUUGUUUUCAAUAAUAUAUUGAUCUCUCUCACACUCUAUUGUCAUCUUUACAAUUAUCAAAAAUAAAAGUGCCGAGUUGAGGAGCAAAGGAUAUGUAUCAUCAGACGUCUGAUAACAGUUAUAUAACAUAACAUAUAAAAUCAGACGUCUGAUAACAGUUAUAUGACAGCAGACGUCUGAUAACAGUUAUAUGAUGUCAGACGUCUGAUAACAGUUAUAUGACAGCAGAUAUAACAGUUAUAUGACAGUUAUAUAACUGUCAUAUAACUGUUAUAUAACAGUUAUAUAUACUGUUAUAUAUACUGUUAUAUAUACUGUUAUAUGAGUGAAAUCAGACAUCAGACGUGUGAUGACAGUUAUAUGACAGCAGAUGUCUGCGGUCAUAUAACUGUUAUCACAGUUAACAGACGCUAACAGUUAUAACAUAACUGUUAACAGUUAUAUAACAGUUAUGUUGUACACAGUAUAUAAACUGUUAUAUCACAGUAUAUAUAACUGUUAUAACUGUUAUAUGACAGUUAUAUAACUGUUAUAUAACAGUUAUAAAGUUACAUAACUGUCAUAUAACAGUUAUAUAACUAUUAUAUAUACUGUUAUAUAACAGUAUAUAUAUCACAGUUAUAUAACUGUUAUAUAUACGGUUACAUAACAGUAUAUAAUAGUUAUAUAACAGUUAGAACUGUUAACGUCUGUUAACUGUGAUAACAGUUAUAUGACAGCAGACAUCUGCUGUCAUAUAACUGUCAUCACACGUCUGAUGUCUGAUUUAUAUGUUGUGUUACAUAACGUCUGAUAACAGUUAUGUGACAUCACACGGCUAUCUAACAGUUAUAUAACUGUUAUAUAAACUGUUAUAUAACUGAUAUAUAACAGUUAUAUCACUGUCAUAUAACAGUUAUAUAUACUGUUAUAUAUACUGUUCUAUAACUGUUAUAUAAAAUCAGACAUCAGACGUGUGAUGACAGUUAUAUGACAGCAGAUGUCUGCUGUCAUAUAACUGUUAUCACAGUUAACAGACGUUAACAGUUAUGUACCAGUUAUGUUAUACACAGUAUAUAACAGUAUAUAUAACUGUUAUAUAACAGUUAUGUUAUAACUUAACAUCUGUUAACUGUGAUAACAGUUAUAUGACAGCAGACAUCUGCUGUCAUAUAACUGUUAUCACACGUCUGAUGUCUGAUUUUACAUGUUAUGUUAGAUAACGUCCGAUAACAGUGACAUCAGACGGCUAUAUAACAGUUAUAUAACUGUUAUGUAACAGUUAUAUAACUGUCAUAUAACAGUUAUAUAUACUGUUAUAUAUACUGUUAUAUAACUGUUAUAUAAAAUCAGACAUCAGACGUGUGAUGACAGUUAUAUCACAGCAGAUGUCUGCUGUGAUAUAACUGUUAUCACAGUUAACAGACGUUAACAGUUAUAACAUAACUGUUAUAUACUGUUAGCACAGUAUAUAACAGUUAUGUAACAGUUAUGUUAUACACAGUAUAUAUACUGUUAUAUAACGGUAUAUAUAACUGUUAUGUAACAGUUAUAAAGUUAUAUAACUUUUAUAUAUAUAUAACAGUUAUAAGGUUAUAUAACUGUUAUAUAACUGUCAUAUAACUGUUAUAUAACACUUAUAUAACUGUCAUAUAACAGUUAUAUAUAAUGUUAUAUAUACUGUUAUAUAACUGUUAUAUAAAAUCAGACAUCAGACGUGUGAUGACGGUUAUAUGACAGCAGAUGUCUGCUGUCAUAUAACCGUCAUCACAGGUCUGGUUAUAUGACAGCAGAUGUCUGCGGUCAUAUAACUGUUAUCACAGUUAACAGACGUUAACAGUUAUAACUGUUAUAUACUGUGUUAACAGUAUAUAACAGUUAUGUUAUACACAGUAUAUAUACUGUUAUAUAACAGUAUAUAUAACUGUUAUAAAGUUAUAUAACUGUUAUAUAACUGUUAUAUAUACUGUUAUAUAACAGUUAUAUAACAGUUAUGUUAUAACUGUUAAUAUGUGUUAAUUGUGAUAACAGUUAUAUGACAGCAGACAUCUGCUGUGAUAUAACUGUCAUCACACGUCUGAUGUCUGAUUUUAUAUGUUAUGUUGGAUAACGUCUGAUAACAGUUAUUUGACAUCAGACAGCUAUAUAACAGUUAUAUGACAGUUAUAUAACUGUUAUAUAAAAUCAGACAUCAGACGUGUGAUGACAGUUAUAUCACAGCAGAUGUCUGCUGAUAUAACUGUUAUCACAGUUAACAGACGUUAACAGUUAUGUAACAGUUAUGUUAUACACAGUAUAUAUAUUGUUAUAUAACGGUAUAUAUAACUGUUAUAUAACAGUUAUAUAACUGUCAUAUAACUGUUAUAUAACAAUUAUAUAACUGUCAUAUAACAGUUAUAUAUAAUGUUAUAUAUACUGUUAUAUAACUGUUAUAUAAAAUCAGACAUCAGACGUGUGAUGACGGUUAUAUGACAGCAGAUGUCUGCUGUAAUAUAACUGUUAUGACAGUUAAUAGACGUUAACAGUUAUACUGUUAUAUACUGUGAUAACAGUAUAUAACAGUUAUGUUAUACACAUUAUACAUACUGUUAUAUAACGGUACAGUAUAGAUACUGUUUUAUAACAGUAUAUAUAACUGUUAUAUGACAGUUAUAUAACUGUUACAUAACAGUUAUAAAGUUAUAUAACUGUUAUAUAACAGUUAUAUAACUUAUAUAUGAGAGUUAUAUAACUGUUAUAUAUACUGUUAUAUAACAGUAUAUAUAACAGUUAUGUAACUGUUAUAUAUACUGUUAUAUAUAUAACAGUUAUGUAACUGUUUUAUAUACUCUUAAAUAGGAGUAUAUAACAGUUAUAUAACUGUUAUGUUAUAGUAUAACAGUUAUGUUAUAACUGUUAACGUCUGUUAACUGUGAUAACAGUUAUAUGACAGCAGACAUCUGCUGUCAUAUAACUGUCAUGACACGUCUGAUGUCUGAUUUUAUAUGUUAUGUUACAUAACGUUUGAUAACAGUUAUGUGACAUCAGACGGCUGAUGUCACAUAACUGUUAUCAGACGUCUGAUUUUUGUAACUGUUAGCAGACUGUUAGCAAGUUCACAACACAAAUCUUUGACACAUUUGAUAACAGCAAUGUGUGGAAUUACCGCCAUAUAGAGAUAUUCUCGAAGUCUUUCUUGCGUUAAGUGAAUACCAUGCAAUUGUUUAGAAGAACGCCACAGAAAGAAACACUGAUAGUGAACAAGCCUCACAUCUCUCACUUUUUAAAAAGUAUAAUUGAGAUUAUCCUGGACCGAUGGAGCUAGUGUUGAGACACAGUCAAGCAAAAUCAUACAGAAUCGAGCUGCUCUUUAUAGCUUUUUAAACUUUGUGAUUCGACGUCGCGAAGAUUCAUCGUGAGAAUCCACUUCAAAUUUAUGUAAGUCUCCUGGUGCCGAUAAAACCCACCAUAACCCCAGUUCUUCCUCCUGCAACUGGUUCUUUACAUGGCACAGCAAUCAUAAGGGCUCUGGAGUGAUGAAAAGUGUUAUAGGAUGUUGUACUUUUAUUACGCAAUCACAAAAUGCAAUCAGACAUCCCCUUUCUUAGGACGAGAAAACCGCCUGAGCCACAAGGUUGCCUUAUGGAGAAGCCACUAAACUUUUUACAUCCUUAGGAAACUUUGAAGGGUGUUCAAGACUCUAUGCCCCGGUGCUUGAGAGAUUUGUUAUCCUAGUGUCUGACCACACAAACCGGAGUCAAAGAGUCAAUGAUGCCAAAAAAGUUCCGGCCAUUUGCACAAAAGGGAAGAAACCUCGAGAACUUAUCCACUAUAUCAGCACACCAAGAGAGUUGCCUAGCAAAGAUGAUACCCUGGGUGCGAAACGUGACCAAAGCGUAAUGCGACAAGGGGCUACUGGGCAUGGAAAAGCGAUGCAAUGCACCACAAAGGAUUCUGCGGGAACACUUCCCUUAAACAUGUCACAAAAGAAUUACGUGUUGGAGAGAGAGUUGAGUUGGAAUACAAUGACACGAAAGGAACUCAGAAAAAGACCGAGGAGCUUCUACUGAUCUUGACAGAAAUGUGAUUUUAAAUUUGCUGUUAAGAUAAAUUCGCACUAGCUCUGGAGGAGUUUUACUUAUCUCCUUGUCGCAUAGAGCGGUAGUUUCGUACCAAUAGAUUGUAUUUGUCAAUGAGACGAUGGUUUCGAGUGCUCUUUAACACCUUUUAAGAUCACCUUGCCGACUUGCUGAUAAGAAAAGAAGAUGCCCUCGCUUACUGAACUGCGAAGUGUGAUCCAUGAUAACUGUGGUGUUCGGUUCUUUACCCCUUUGAGUAACGAGUAACGGGGGUGCGAGGGGCUUUUCAUGCUCAAGCGGUUUCCGGUUUCGGUUGAUGACUAAAUUCGUGGAUCGUGAAAAAUGGUUUAUAACGCAUGUGAUACGUGAAAUUUGUCAAAAUUUAAACAUGAAACGGGACCGGGACACCAACCCCACCCCUGCUACCCUCUUUUGAAUGAUGUAACGAUGAUCAGGUGAUUAAAUAGCCUAAAAAAGUGCCUUAAGUCAUCUAGUUUAUUUCCGCAGGUUGAUUAACUGAUAAUAUAAGAAACAUGCGCUUACUACACCGGGAAAAACCCACCCCUCCCCCCUCAUAGACACCACCAUCACCAUCUCCACUACCAUGGAGGUGAAGAAUAAAUUCAGAAGAUAAACUAAUUGCUAAAUGAUUUAAUAUUAUCCCAGAAUUCAGGAAAGGUCAUUGUAUUCUCACAACAUAAACUUAUACAAACAUGCAAACAGAGAUACUCGUACCCCUCCCGCUAAGCUGUGUUGAAACCUCCCCCCUCGUCACCAAGAAAGUUGGACUAAAUAGACCUUGUUAAACUUCCCUAGGACACCAUUCCCUAUUGAUAUAGCAGCUUUCUUUUCAAUAACGGCAGUUAAAUUGGAAACUGCAACCACCCCACCCCCCUGAGUACAAAAUGUCCCCCCUGACUGGGGUCCAUAGCGAAUAUUGUUCAGCAGCCUAAGUACUAUUACCAUGCCAAAUUUGGUGCUUUUACCCCAGAGUGCACAAUUUUUCCACCAUAUGGCUUGACUAUAAUUCUAAAUCCCAGCUGUUUUUUUUUUCUCUCAGCAAUAUUCCGAGUCUGCUUUGCUCUUCGAGAAAGGACAGUACUGGGAAAAGGCUGCUACUGUAUACAUCAAAACAAAAAACUGGUAAGUAUCGUACGUAUCAUUGGCGAGAAAGCAAAGGCAGGUGCUGGAAAAAUGCUGCUUUAAAUAUAAAGGCAUUUGCCUUAAGAAACGUUUCGGCGUUUUCAAAUUGUUGUGGAUUUUCUUUUAAGCAGUCAGCACCGCUUAAAAAUCUUAUCGCAUUUGCAUACGUUAAGAAACAGUGAACACCUCGCCGAUUUGGGUGAUUUCGUUUCUUUUUGUUUCGUUUUCUUUCUCUAACUGCCGUUUUAAAUACUGCCUUUGUCAAUUCAUGGGAUAAUUUUUUAGUUUUGGGGGAUUUGUGGAUGACGUCAUCCAAAGUCCAAAAUGUUCUUUCAUACGAGAUGGAAGAGCGAGUUGUGCCACCAGGUUACCAGUACUCUGUUAUUCCUCCCAGAUCUUGAUCGUGCAGUCCUCAAAUGCUCUCCGAGUCGCUAUGAUACGAGAAUCGUAUUUUUACAACCGUUUAGAUAUGCAUUAAUUAGUGUAAACUUCCUAGGGCCAAGGUCGGUGAACUGCUAGCAAACGUGACAUCACCAAAACUUCAUGCUCAGUACGCUAAGGCUAAGGAGGCUGACGGGAAAUACAAGGAGGCCGCUGCUGCUUACGAGGCAGCCAAAGAUUAUGACAGUGUCAUCAGGUAUGCAUUUGAUUGACUUAAUUUGCCUUCUUGUUAGCACUUAUGGACUGAUGGGGAAUCCGGAAUAAAAUAGACUUGGGCGUCUCACAGGACUGACGGUAUAGGUGGCUGUACAACUUUGUUGCAUUGCAAUGUGUUACCAUGCUGUCGCUAAUCAAUCGUGUGUCAAACCUAUGACACGCUUAAAUCAUCAGUAUAGUUGAUUGGGUGUUUGCGUCCAUUACAUGUAUCCGAUUCGUGUCUUGGAUUCCCAUCACAAUGUUGCGCGGCCCCAGUUGGUUUAUACCUGGUAAAAAUGCACAACAUGAUGCGAAACUGUAAUCGUCUGUAAUUGCCAAUAACUCCUGAUCUUUAAACGCUGGAUUAUUUUUACACUUAUUUUUAACUACGGAAAGCCUUUUCCUUAAAUUCAAGCUUUCCUCUGUUUUUCAUUUCGUCCUUUUUUCCUUAGAAUAAACCUUGAUCACUUGCAAAAUCCUGAAGAAGCCGUAAGGAUUGUGAAGGAGACACAAUCUGUUGAGGGAGCUAAAAUGGUAGCCAGGUGAGAAUUUCUUUUCCCACUUUGUUACUGACAGAACUGUUUUAACACUUGAAUCAAUUACGAAGACGUCGUAAGCGGUUUUAACUCUCAUUUGUGGUCAAAAAUAAAUCAAAAGAAGUGCUUUGUUCAGCCCAGCCUUGAACCUCGUGGUAAGCCAAGUGGAGGCCAGGUGUGCAUGUUAAUAUAUAGAGAUUGGCCUAUUAUGAGUUUUGGCACCUUUGGGGCAAAAAGGUUAAACACCGAGCUGGCAUGCAUGUAUCAGUGGAACGUAACAAAUCCGAUUUAAUCACUCGUGAUACAGGGAAGAGUAAGGGAGAUAGUUCUUUAAGGGAAAGGUCAAAGGCAACGCUAAGCGUUUUCCUAUUGUUCCACCGCAUUGAAUUGUGUUGCCAUUUGGACUGGAUACUACCUCAAAGGUCUUUAAGAGCAUAGUUUCCUCACUAAAAUCUACCUCGAUUAUAUAGUAUACGUCGUUUCAAACCAUGAGUCACUCAACUCUCUAAACAAGCAAGAUAUAAUGAAAUUGAAUCAUUUUUUCUUAUCUUGCAUUUUUCGACAGAUUCUUUCAGAAACUCGGCGAUUUUGCUUCCGCAAUCCAGUUUCUUGUUUUGUCGAGGUGUAACGAUGAAGCGUUUCAGCUUGCUCAGGUAUGUAGGAAGCUUUUCAUUUCAUUGUGUUAUUCUACGACCAAGAUAUAGGUUCACCAUUUCCGAGCUUUAAAACCCUCAUUUUCAAAAUUAGGCAAAGAGCAAAACCGUUCUUUUCCAUGUGAGACUAUGUUUUUUUUUCAGUCAAAAUAGAAAGUUUUUCUCAUAUCAAAGUCUUGCCUUCUUUUUGAAAGGCGUCCCAUAGUAACGCAUAAUGGCCUAUUUGGUUUUCAGAAGGAACUUCAAUUAAGUGGUUUUACCAAAAUAAAUUGUUAUUUUCUAGUCAGUCAGAAUACUUAAUGACACAAAAUGAACCAAUGAGCUAAACACUUGUAAGCGGCGUCAAACGCUAGAAGAUCUUGCCGGGCGAGUUAUGAUUGGUCAAGAAAUUAGCGUGGGAGUGUCGGAUAUGAAGUGCGACUGAACGGAAGAAACUGAAAAGUUAAUUAUUUUAGGGUUAAGGUGCGAUCAGCUGUAAAUUCAAAAUUCUAAUUCCUUAUGACGUAAUUAUGUACCUCUUUGUAAAAUAAAACAUUUAAAAAAAUCAAAUUCUGGUUUUCAUGGUUUUUAUAGGCUCACAAUCAGAUGGAACAGUACGCUGAAAUAAUUGGUAAGUGUGUAUAAAUGGAUAUCAUAUUUUCUUACGUUUUACUACGUAAUUAGCAGGAAAAAAAUGCUCUUGUCGGUAUUCAGUGGUUGAGCUAUGUGGCCAGUUGUGGGCAGGGUUUGUUCAUAAUGCUUGGCUUGAAGCGGACCACAGCAAGGAGUAGUUCUGUACUUCUUUGUAGUGGCGAAGUCGUUUUGUAUUUAGACGAGAAAAAUAUCUUGGCCAGCCUCAUUCAACUUCGAGGACAUCAGUUCUGUGUUACACGAUCUUUGUUUAUCCCAUCGAUAUACAAUUCAACCUCCGUGCACGGCAUCCUCUAAUACCCGAUUACCUAUCUAAAAUACUGAAAUCAGUUCUCCUAGCCUGUUGUUGCUUUAAUUAACAGGUGACGAUGCCGUAGCAGACGACUAUGCCAGUAUCGCUUUGUAUUUCGAGAACCAAAAACAAUACUUCCUCGCGGGAAAGUUUUUCUUAAAGUCCAAACAAUAUGCUAAGGUAAGAAGGCAGUUAGAAGAACAUGUCUGUGGGUAAAGAUAAACAGUUUUCUACCGAAUAACCUGUGCAGCAUCUCAGUAAGAAGUAAAGAUAAUAAAGUGCAGUACGUGCUGAUCAAGGGCCAUGCAUUUCCCUAAGGACUCAAUAAGAAUAUUUCCAAUACGAAGAGAACGGUCUUCAUGGAGACUAAACUGUUAUUGUUUUUUUUUUUUCCUUACUGUUUAAUUUGUGUCCAAUGGACACUGUGCUUUUGAGUAUCAUGUUGUUCCAUGUUUGACUGAAUUUUUAUUGUUUCGUUGAACCUUUGUUCAUGGGAAGGACAUUGUGUGGAGAUAAUCCAUCUCGUCUGCAUUCGUUCCCAGACAUGUCAGUAAGGCCUUCCUUAAUUCAACGUUUCUCCGUAUAAAUUUCUACUCGGCUCCCGUCGUCGUUGUCGUGUAAGAGUCCUGUGGUCGACACCACCAACAGCGUUGUUUCACAGAAUUACCAAAAAAUUAAAAGGGUAAUGGAAAGGAACAUUGUAUGUUCUUUGCCACCAUGUUAGCUUUGGAGUAAAUGGUAUAAAGAACAGUGUUUGUAGACAAAGAAGAAACUGCUUGUCUUUUGUAAGUUGACAAGGCAACGUGAUGAUUAAACUAAACUAUUUGUUUCUGUGUAGGCCUUGAAACACUUCCUAAAAUGCCCCGUAGGAGAAGACGGUGAAUCGAUCGAGUUGGCCAUCGAGACAGUAAGAAUUUUCUAUACAAGAGUUUGGUUUUACCAACUGUGUUUAUAAAGUUUUAUAUGCGCACGUCUAAUAUACCGCAAUAGUGUAAUAUUACUCAGCAGAAAAUUGUAUAGAUUUAUUCAAUCAGUGUAGUUGUUAGGCGUGACUCUGCCACUUUAUAUUAGACGACAAAAAAUCAGAUGUAUGAAAUAGAAAAGUGGAAAGGUCAGUCCACAGGUAGCAAGCUCAAGCUCACUUGUGAGAAUCGUCUCACCCUAGGAUGGGGAUGGAAUUAAUAUGGGAAUUUUAGCGAACGCUAUUUGGGAGUUGUAAGUAAUAAGCAUAGAGCAGAAUGCUUUACCUAGCCGCUGUGUUUUGGCGCGUUCAACGGCAAAAAGUUUGGUCGGGCCGCUCGUCAGAAUUUUCACGCAACUCCAUAUAUUGUCUUUCAUGCGACAAUGAUCCUCUCCCUUGAGCUUGGUGCGCCUGAGAUAAAAGGACUCAAGGGACAGUGGGGGAGUGAAAAUCAAUAAGUCAGUUAUCAAACGAGUUCAUAAAGAUAAUGUAUCAGCGCAAAGAGAUUUAAAAGCUGACGUUGCGAGCGCUACUCCAUCGUAACGGCAAAUCAGUCUAGUAGUCGGUCGACUGGUUGGUGUGUGCAAACAUGGGUUGCGGCUGUCGUUCACUUAGUCAGUCAGUCAGCCAGCCAGUCAUACAGUUACAUGUUACCAACUACAACUUAUUUGCGAUUGCCUUGUAUAUAUUUCAGGUUGGUCAGGCUGCGGACGAGGUGUUGACACAUCAACUGAUUGACUUCCUUAUGGGAGAAGCUGACGGGAUACCUAAGGUAAAUUGGCCUUGAACUAGUUUAACUUUCGCUCUGACGGUAAGAACCGAGCCACAAGUUACGAAGGGGCGCGCGCGUCCCCCUCCCGCGGCCGCAAAGUCGCUCACCGCCCCGGCCAUUUUUUUUCUCGCGCCCUUCGGUGGACGGACUAAGAAAAAAGAAUUGCUGUGACCUGUCUUUUUGACCGGACCAUUCCAUUCCAUUCCUUUCCAUUGUUACAUUGCUAAGUAUAAUUUUCAUUCUUGCAUUUCAGGAAGCAAAAUACCUCUUCCGUCUUUAUAUGGCGUUAAAACAAUACCGUGAGGCAGCGCGCACAGCGAUCAUCAUUGCGCGGGAAGAUCAGAACGCUGGGAACUACAGAAAUGCACAUGAUGUUCUAUUCAGCAUGUACAGGGGUUAGUUAAGCUCGAACUGUUUUCUAAAUUUUUUCUUCUUCGUGGCCUCUGGGAAUAAGGUCAAGAUCAAAACGAGGCUGCUUGUUGUCAGUGGUACCCUCUGCCUGAUCGAGAAUUUGGACAUUAUUAGAGAGAUUUAGAAUGACGUUUACGGAAAGCGGCAAACGCCAGAUCCAUGUUGAUAAUUUCUCAAAAUAGAAAACGUGCAGCUAAAAACAGUCUAAAACCAUCGUUGUAGACAGAACUACUGGAAAGCUACUAAUUUGGUGGUGGAAGUAAUGAAAGGUAUAGCAUAAGUUAAGAGAAAACUUGGUCACGUGGCGCAAAUCUCGUUUGGAGUCUCGUCAUUUUUCUUUGGAUUACUACAUAGUGGAUGAAUGACUUUGUUGGCACCAAGACUAGAACUGUUGGGACUUGUUUGUUCGCAAAGCUGACGUUAAUGUUGAGCUAGAAUGAUUUUUGUUUCUGACACACCUUUAGUUUCUACUAUAUUAUCGGCUUCAGAUGUUGUUCUUGUUUUGUUUUAGAGCUGACUGAUCACAACAUCAAGAUUCCCACGGAAAUGAUACAGAAUCUGAUGAUCCUUCACAGCUACAUUCUAGUCAAGGUUGGAGAGAAUGUCUUCAUAUCCGCUUCGUCUUGUUCUAUAAGCUUGUUUGUUUGCUUAUUUAUAUAUCUGUUUAUUCAAUCACUUCGACUAUAUGGUGCGGAACCCACAACAGAGCGGGGCUUCAAUUUAAGACUGUCCUUACAGAUAACCUACCCAGCCCAGGAGAGGCUGGCUAUACCACCGGGGUCUACGUCCCCUACUCUUUUCAAACAGUGGUGUGGGUUCUUUUACGUCCCACAAGAACCAGAUAAGUGUGAGUGUUGUGAGACAGGACCUACGGUUUUUCCUCCUUAUCCGAGAGUAGAAAGUCUAACUUCUUUCGAGAUGUCAUUACAAAGGCAGCACUUUCUCCUCAGUUAUUUAAAGACCCUGAGUGUUUGUCCGGCCGGGGUUUGAACCCGCGACCUCCCGCUCAGCAGCAGACCGGCGCUCUCCGAACUAAGCUAACUAGGUGCGGUUGUUUUUGCAGAUUCUUUUCGCUUACUUAAGAGAGGGCUGUUGCAUGGAUUUUACUCUUAGAAACCCCCCUCUCCCCUGUUGUUGUUUUGUGUCUCUGCACAAUUUCUUAUUUUUUUUUUCUUUUUCUGUCCCGUGUUCUUCCAGCUUCAUGUGAAGCGUGGCGAUCACUUGAAAGGUGCCCGGAUGUUAAUCAGAGUGGCGAAUAAUAUCAGCAAAUUCCCCGCACGUAAGUGAUUCCUUUACUUCAUGUCUGAUGUCUGAUCAUCACAUGAAGCGAACACCUCCCAUGAGCGAUCACCUAUCCAAAACACCAAAUUUUGCAAAUGCUGACUCGAAGCCCUAUAGAUGGAACUUCUCACCAAUUCUUGUCAGCGAUCGCGAGCACUUUUUGGGGUGCAAAAAUUGCCCAAAAAAUAUUAUGGCUAGUGUGAUUCUUCCGCACGACUAUAAACUUUUUUCGAGCUCUCUUAUUUUUCUGUUUAUCGUAGUUCGACGUUCAGUCAUGCUCGACGUUUAUCCAGCAGUCGAACUUUACUAAAUUACGGUCGACCCAAAGGGCAGUUCGGUUCGUCUCAUGAAAAGUUCGAGAUUUGGUCUUGGACUAAGAAUCCUUCCUAUUUAGUUCGUUCUCUUCUGUACAUAAAGAGAUGUCCGCAUAUAUCUUUUUUGCUAAACUAGAUGUGGUUCCUAUUCUAACGUCCACUGUGAUUGAGUGUCAUCGUUCAGGACUGAAGAACUCUUCGUUCAGCUACGCUGCCAUGUUGAUGAGGCCCGAGUAUCGACAAAAGAUUGAUCUCAAGUACAAAAAGAAGAUUGAACAAAUUGUCAGGUAAUUUGUGCUGUUUGUCUUCAGCAGAGACCAGAGGUUUCGCUAGAUUGAGUAGCAACUAUAAAACGUUCACCUCAAGUUGCGCAAAGUGGUUGUUUCUGGGUAACUCACCUCCUACCCCUUCCCUAAGUCAACACCUACUUCUCACUUAGGGCAAAAUUGGGACUGAGGGAAGGGGUAGGUGUUCGGUUACCCAGAAACGCCAAUUGAUCCCGUUUUCAUUAACUGGCUCUCCUUGUAAGAAAGCAAACAAAAGUCUAUGUGCGAUAAAUGGUCGUAUUACAGGCAGAAUUUCCCUCGAUUUAACAUUAGACAUAAGGCAUGUAUGCGGCACUGACAUCAGAAUAAGACAUGCAGACAGCAGACAACAGACAACAGACAUAAACAGCAGACAGCAGGCAAAGGAUAUUAGACAGCAGACAUCUGGCGUCAGAUAAGAGGCAUCAGACAACAGGUAGCAGAUAGCGGACAAAAUAUAUCAAAAGACACGGAGACAGCAGACAUCAGACAUCAAACAGCAGGCAAAAGACAGGAGACAUCGGGCAUCAGAUAAGAGACAACAGACAGCAGAUAGUAGACAUAACAUAAUUAUCAACAGACAUGUAGCAGACAUCUGGCAUCAGAUAAGAGACAUCAGACAAAAGACAGCAGCCGGCAAUAGCAGACAUAACAUAUCAAAAAUAUGCAGACAGCAAACAGCAGACAUCAGACAAUAAACAGCUGACAUCAGACAGAAGAUAUCACAAGACGUCAGGCAACAGACAGCAAACAGCGGAACAGACAGAACAGCAGAGGUCAGAUAUGAGACAUCAGAAAGGUAGAUAUCCGACAGACAGACAGAUAGACAGACGUACAGACAACAGUCUUCAGACAUCAGACAGCGGACAGCAGACGUCAGCAAAAUCACAAAGAUUUUUCUUUCUCGAAUCUCGAGCCGCCUUGUGAAUCAAAAUAAAUUCCAGGAACAUUAUUUCUUGUUAAUAUUUCAUGCUUGCGCGCGGUCUUCUUUUUCACGCAAAUGGUUUGCUCUGGCGAUUUCAGAAAACCUGAUAAAACAGAAGAAGAAGAAGCCCAAGACCCGUGUCCUUAUUGUAGCAAUGAAGUACCUCAGACAAAACUAGACUGUCCAGAAUGUAAGAACACCAUACCAUACUGCAUUAUUACGGUAAGUUAAGGAAUUGUAGACUCAGGCUGAGUUCUCACUUGGUGCCCGACCACAAGUGCCAAGGUACCAGCACAAAAUGGUGUUGUGUUAAAAGUUAAGAUACCCGAUAUGUAACUGUGUACAUAUUUGCUCAAUUUCCCCCGAGCUUGAGCUUAGCAGGGACUAUCCAAAGUAGUGGAAUAGCUUGGAACUAACAGAAAACGUUUGCACGUGGAUCGAACCCGACCCUUUGAGCACUUAAGUGACCGUUGAGUACCGUACUCAAGCACCAAGCGUAAACGCAGCCAUAGACAUAUAAAGUAAUUCAUCAUUUUAACAUAAUGCACAACAUGUACCCCCAAAUAAACAUUGUUUCCAAUGUUUCCUCGGUAUUACGGUCUCAUGCGCAACCUUAAAAUAGCCAUUUGGCUGGGAAAUGACUCAAAUUCAACAUAACAAUUUUCACUAUUUUCACGUUGCCCAUAAUACACCUUGUUUGCCCAAGAAUUUGCAUAACCAUUGUCUUCGAUUUCUCUGGGGACGCCUGUGAUACCCAGGAGAAAUUGGAAACAAUAGUUAUGCAAUUUUUUUGGGGGGGGGGGGGGGGGGGGUAAACAAGGUCUACUAUGGGCAAUGUGAAAGAAUCCCUCCUGGUAGGAGGAAAACCAUUUGGCUAUUUAGGAAAUAAGCCAAGGUGUUAAGCUGGAGUAUACCGGUAAACAAAUCCAGCUGUUGGUCAAAGUGAUCAUUGAGAGCGGCAGCACUGGAUUGCGAGUUCAGCUUUCUGACCACGCUGUCUCGUAAGGAAAGGAUUGCGAAUGUUCGUUUUAUGGCGCAAGUUGCUGUGCAGUGAGUCAACUUCAGACUUAGUCAUCUUUUAUUUCCAUAAAUGAAUAAAUAGGCGUUAUUUUUAAUUCUAGGGCCGGCACAUGGUGAAGGAUAACUGGACUGUGUGCCCAAAUUGUUCCUUCCCAGCUCUUCACUCCGAACUUAUGAGGUAUGUAUACUGUAAUACUUGAAACCGUUUUUCUUGUUAAAUAAACACAGCAGGGAAGGAAAAGACAAGUGAGCAAGUGAGGGAUCCGCUCAUUCAGAAUGUAAGGUAAAAGGGGCCUCUGGCCUCGAGAAAAUAAUACUUCCCGGCCCUGUAGGCUUCAGUUUGGCCCAAAAAUAAGGCGGGGGCCCGGUCCUCUCUUAUCCCUCUUCUAGAUCCGCCGGUGCUAAGGUUCUGUGGGUCUGGGGUUUGAGCUUAUCAUGGCGUUUUUUUUUCCUGAAAAGAAACUCUGCUCCUUGCUUUGUAUCCCUUCACACAGGUGUAUAAAUGGUUACCGGCAACAUACUGCGGGUGGUAACCCUGUGAGGGACUUGCCUCCCAUCCGAGAACGAGUAGCGAUACUCCCAGCAGCGUCAUGCUGCCAGAACCGGGAUAAUCUCUAGUGCUGUAAAUGCCAUGGUUCCUACUGUUCUUUAAUUUCACGUUUUCUAACUGAAUGGAGUAUCGCUCAUACUGAAAAAAGAAAUUCACCUGAUCAUGAUUCAAAAGCACUUCUAUGGGCCCAUAAAUAUCUCACAAACACAAGUCCUUUUUCGAAUAAAAAUUACCGCUCAAUACAAACAUUAAGGACACAUUGAUACAGGGUUAGCCUCCUCAUAAAGGAAAAUAUUCACAACUGAUUCCGGCAAGUAGGUGUUUGAAAUUUGAAAAUACACAAUACACAGAUUAAUAAACAGGUCUUCUUCUCGUUUUUCACAUGACGUCACGGCGGCCAUAUUGGUGUACCAAGAAAAUCCUGUGGGAGUUAAACUCUUUUCUCAUGUAGAUGGUUUACUUUACUUUAUAAAUUUACAUAGUGGCUGGCCACCUCUGUACAUACCACGCUCUAUACUUACCUCGACCCUUUCCUCUCUUUAUUAUUUUCCAUUAUAGUCUUCUUGAGUCUGGUGAAACACUUUGUCCAAUGUGCUCACAAAGCAUUGCCGCUACAGAGGUGAAGGUGAUCAAAGACCCCUCGGAGUACUUGAAGACAGGCUCAAAAGAUUAGAGUAAAACAACUGUGUAUUUGGAACUAGCCUCCUAUCGAGUUCUUACCUUUCGUUUUUAUUUAAAAAGUAAAUGAAGACUGCAGGGCGCUGGAGUUCUCUUAGAAGAAAUUUUCGGUAGCAUCACUUUCAUCACAGCAAGUCUUGUGUAACUAAACAGCGUCUAGAAAAACUCCUUUGCAACUUUGGGGCUGUUCACACGUGGUGCCCGAGCACUAAUGUCUGGGUAACGGCUUGAAAUGAUGUUGUGUUCCCACUUUGGGUACCUGACAUAGAACUGUAACAUGUUUUUUUUACAAAGCAGUAAAUUUCCUCGGAACUAACAGAAAACGUGUGAACACAGUUACCCAGUGCCACCAUUAGUUCCCGAGUACAAGGUCUGGAACUCCCAUUCUGGUACCGGCACCGCGCCCGAAUCCUGGUGUGUUGGCAGCGAAGUGCCCAGCGAGUACCUUACUUGGGCAUCGUGCUUGGGCUCUAAGUGUAAACACUGCCUUUGCGCGCAGAGCCGUGCUCAGAACCACCAUUUUCGUUAACUAGCAGAGGCAAACUCGCUUAUGUGGUUUUUGCCGUUUAUUUGCUUCAAGUAUAUUUAAAUUGUAUAUAGCAAAAGAUCACUUGUCUAAACUUCCUUUCAGUUGUUUGCUUUACAACUGGGGUUUGUGAAUGAAAUGUAAGAUAAAGUCAUGCUCAGUAGCAAAAUCAAUGUUAAGUUUGGAAUUUUCACCAUGUUAAUCAGUUUCAAG